AUGUCUUAUAAAGUGUGGGAAUCAAUUAAUACGAUUGAUGAAUUUUUUGUUGAUGAUCCGAACAACACGGGAAAAGAUGCUUCUGGGGGUUAUUUAAGUAUGUAUUGCCCUGGUAAUAACUGUAGUAGUGAUGAACAAAAGAUUAUCGCUGGUUUUAUAAUGUUACUAAAUAUGCUUGAUGAUGAAAAUAUAGAUGGUGAAAAACUUGUUGAAUACGCUAUUUUAUGGUUAAGUUAUAAACUAAAUCAAAAAAAACAAAAUGAAACGACCAUAUUAAACGAUUUUUAUACUGAUAAUAUAGAAACAAAUAGUUGUUAUGAUGAGCAUAUAACUUCUGAUACUAGUAAAAAUAUUAAUAAGGGUGUUAUAGAAAAAAAAAUGAAAUCGAUGAAUAUGGAUAUUAAAGAUAUAUCUAAUUUUUAUGAUCCAUUUAAAUCAUUAUUUAACAUGUAUAGUGAACUUGGUCCAGAAAAAAAUACUCAAUGCAAAACAUGUUUAGAAAAUGCUGGAGAAUUGUUUGAAAAAUAUGAAAAACUUAAAAAUUCUUUUGAAAUUACUAAAGGAUAUUUAUAUUCUCAACUGUGGUCUAGUUUAUCAAUAGAUUAUCACAUUUUUGAAAGUAAAUAUAAUGCUGAAUGUAAUAAUGUCUCACCACUUGUAGCUUGUCCACGAAGUUCAGUAACAAAAAAUACACUAAUUACAAUUGCAAUUAUAUUUGUUGCAGCAUCAAUUUUAUUGGGAGUUUCUUAUAAGUAUUCGUUAUUUGGAUUUCGGAAACGAUCUCAAAAACAACAUUUAAGAGAAAUGCUAAAAAAAUAA